GCAUCACAUGGAUUUGGUUGGUUUUUUUCCUCCAUCAGCACUGUUUUCAGACAGAUGCAUUACAUAACCACAGACAGUACCCACGUUUCUGGCAGCAGCAAGGAAGGAAAAACUUCUUUAAAGACUGAUCUCCUUUUCUCUGCAGAGGCCCAGCAAGGAGAGGAGCACACCACAAGCAGGGGGCACGGAGCAUGAGAGGACGUUUAGACAUCGAUAAACUAUUUACUGCAAGGGCGUUUAGCACUGAACAGGCUGCCCGGGCCGGCCUGGAUGCCCCAUCCCGGGGCGUGUUCACGGCCAGGUGAGAUGGAGCUGAGCAGCCUGACCUGGAAAAAGGUGUCCCUAUCCGCGGUGGGUGGUUGGAACUGCGAGAUCUUUCAGGCCCCUUCCAACCACUCUCUGGUUCCACGAUUCUAUGAAAGCAACCGUGAGAUCGCUCUUCCUGGCCACGUUCCCACCGUGCUUAUCCCAAACCAGAGGGCAGAAACAGCACGCUUAUCGGGGGAGUUGCAGCACCUCUCAGCAAACCCCGGCAGCCGGCUAUGCACGUACUCCCAGGGAAGCAUUCCAAGGUUUGUUUCUCGACAUGUGAUGCUGCCACGAGAACUUUCAAAACAAGUGCCAAAAUCUCAUCUGAUGUCUGAAGAAGAGUGGAGACGACUUGGUGUUCAGCAGAGUCUUGGCUGGGUUCACUAUAUGAUUCAUGAGCCAGAACCACACAUUCUGCUCUUCAGAAGACCGCUUCCAAAGGAUGAGCAGAAAUAAGCCACGGCCUUUUGAAUCUUCUGGAACUAUGUAUAUGAGUGUAUAUAUGUUGGUAGUAUUCAGUGAAUACUUUAAAUUUACAAAACAUACAUCCAAACCUGUGCAUGAGCUGUAUUAUUCACAGCAACAAAGCUCAGUCAAAUGCAAUUCCAAGCAGGCUGCUAUGAUGUUCAAAGAGUUAUGAUUUUAUCUUUUACUGUUAAUGUAAGUGCCUCUCUGACUUAAAUUGUGUUGUGUUGCAUGUUCCGAUGAGCUCAUCCCUUGUUAGUGUUCUAUAAGUUUUGCACUCAAAUUUUCUGCUGUAGUUCAAAUGCAGUAGUUCAAUUGUUUAGUAGUAAGUAGGCUUAAGAAAUAAACUGUUUAAAUGCUUUAUGAAA